UAAUAUAUCCUGUGCUGUGAUUACAGGAGGAGCAAGUUCUGGUGUUCUUUCUGGUUACUAUACUAGAAGGGGGUAAACUGUUGGCGCUUGCAUAUUAUAAUACAGGAAAAGUCCACACUGCCUGGGUUUGGUGAUUAAAAUACAGAAGGAUGAGAUUUCGCUGCCACUUCUGUCCUUGGAUGUUCCAGUGUGGGAGAAGCAGCCCCCGUCCUGUCUGUCUGGUUAAUCUGCUACAGAAGGAGCAGAUAGUGAUUGGACUUGUUCCAGGUUAUUAAUUAUACAGGUGGAGUAGAUGAUGGUGUUGUCUCUACACCAGGUGUCUGUAGGGGAUGUGUACUGUACAGGAGCAGCAGGCUGUGGUGUCAUCUGUGUGCUGUUAUAUUACAGGAAGAGUAGAACCUGUCCUAUAAUAUUACAGGAGGAGCAGGCUGUGGUGUCAUCUGUGUGCUGUUAUAUUACAGGAAGAGUAGAACCUGUCCUAUAAUAUUACAGGAGGAGCAGGCUGUGGUGUCAUCUGUGUGCUGUUAUAUUACAGGAAGAGUAGAACCUGUCCUAUAAUAUUACAGGAGGAGCAGGCUGUGGUGUCAUCCGUGUGCUGUUAUAUUACAGGAAGAGUAGAACCUGUCCUAUAAUAAUACAGGAGGAGCAGGCUGUGGUGUCAUCCGUGUGCUGUUAUAUUACAGGAAGAGUAGAACCUGUCCUAUAAUAAUACAGGAGGAGCAGGCUGUGGUGUCAUCCGUGUGCUGUUAUAUUACAGGAAGAGUAUAACCUGUCCUAUAAUAUUACAGGAGGAGCAGGCUGUGGUGUCAUCUGUGUGCUGUUAUAUUACAGGAAGAGUAGAACCUGUCCUAUAAUAUUACAGGAGGAGCAGGCUGUGGUGUCAUCUGUGUGCUGUUAUAUUACAGGAAGAGUAGAACCUGUCCUAUAAUAAUACAGGAGGAGCAGGCUGUGGUGUCAUCUGUGUGCUGUUAUAUUACAGGAAGAGUAGAACCUGUCCUAUAAUAUUACAGGAGGAGCAGGCUGUGGUGUCAUCCGUGUGCUGUUAUAUUACAGGAAGAGUAGAACCUGUCCUAUAAUAUUACAGGAGGAGCAGGCUGUGGUGUCAUCCGUGUGCUGUUAUAUUACAGGAAGAGUAUAACCUGUCCUAUAAUAUUACAGGAGGAGCAGGCUGUGGUGUCAUCUGUGUGCUGUUAUAUUACAGGAAGAGUAGAACCUGUCCUAUAAUAUUACAGGAGGAGCAGGCUGUGGUGUCAUCUGUGUGCUGUUAUAUUACAGGAAGAGUAUAACCUGUCCUAUAAUAUUACAGGAGGAGCAGGCUGUGGUGUCAUCCGUGUGCUGUUAUAUUACAGGAAGAGUAGAACCUGUCCUAUAAUAUUACAGGAGGAGCAGGCUGUGGUGUCAUCUGUGUGCUGUUAUAUUACAGGAAGAGUAUAACCUGUCCUAUAAUAUUACAGGAGGAGCAGGCUGUGGUGUCAUCUGUGUGCUGUUAUAUUACAGGAAGAGUAGAACCUGUCCUAUAAUAAUACAGGAGGAGCAGGCUGUGGUGUCAUCUGUGUGCUGUUAUAUUACAGGAAGAGUAGAACCUGUCCUAUAAUAUUACAGGAGGAGCAGGCUGUGGUGUCAUCUGUGUGCUGUUAUAUUACAGGAAGAGUAGAACCUGUCCUAUAAUAUUACAGGAGGAGCAGGCUGUGGUGUCAUCUGUGUGCUGUUAUAUUACAGGAAGAGUAGAAUCUGUCCUAUAAUAUUACAGGAGGAGCAGGCUGUGGUGUCAUCCAUGUGCUGUUAUAUUACAGGAAGAGUAGAACCUGUCCUAUAAUAUUACAGGAGGAGCAGGCUGUGGUGUCAUCUGUGUGCUGUUAUAUUACAGGAAGAGUAGAACCUGUCCUAUAAUAUUACAGGAGACUUUACAGGACUCACACCAGUUUGGGAUUAAGUUACUGGGGUGUGCAGCACGCUACCCAGAGUUUGUACGUUCCUGUUCACCUGUCGUCUCCUUUUUAGUGAAAUGUUGCGCUUGUGUACCAGAGGCAGGCGAGUGGACUGUGAGCUCUGAUGCAGUGGCCACCUUGACCGAUGUAUCCGAAGUGUACUGGACUAAGAUACGUAAUUACAGUAGAGUUUUUGAAGUCCUAUAGAACAGGGGUAGGCGACCUUUGUUACACCAGCUGUUGUGAAACUACAACUCCCAGCAUGAACGGAGCUUGCUGGGAAGAUUAGUUUCACAACAGCUGUAGUUACAAAGGUUGCUGCCCCUGUUAUAGAACAUGAAUUUCUUCCUUUGCCUACGUACAAGAAGAAAAUAUAAACAAGGAGCACAAGAAACCUAUUGUCUGUGAGAUCACACUAUGAGAAAACAGAGACUUGAACAACUAGGGAAAAAGAGUCUACAGAUCCACAUGUGGAUAAUGUAUUUCUUUCGUUUCUCACUUUGGGUUUUCUUUAGAUUCUAUGAAGACGUUGUGUGUCCUUCUUAAGUCACAUACCUGACAGAAACAGAAUGGAUGCAUAUCAGGGUGACAUGACUGAUUCGAUGAAGAUGGCGAAAAACAAAAACCACAUCACAAAGAUUAUCUUAAACCUCACUCUGGAGAUCAUAUACAUGCUGACAGGAGAGGAAUACACUGUAGUGAAGAAAACAUCUAGUGAGUGUUUGAUUCACAGUAGCUGCCCCUGUUUGUCAGAAGAAUGGAACAAGACCCAAAGCCCCAUGGUGGAGUCUUCAUCUGACUCAGUGAUACAUGACAAAAACAAUGAUCAGAGGAUUCUGGCACUAACCAACAAGAUAGUUUAUCUUCUGACUGGAGAGGUUCCUAUAAGAUGUCAGGAUGUCACUGUCUAUUUCUCCAUGGAGGAGUGGGAGUAUUUAGAAGGACAUCAGGAUGUGUACAAGGACAUCAUGAUGGAAACGCACCAGCUUCUCACAUGUCCAGAUGGAUACAAUAAAAGUGAUUUACAAGAAACAUGUCGUGCAGAAGAUCACAGUGUUCCACAAGAGGCUUCCCGUGUACUCUGUGGUGUUUCUUACAUGGACAGAUCAACACUUCAAAUAAAUCUGGCUGGACAAAGAGAUCCCACUGAGGCUAUUAAAGCAUCUGAAGCGUCUUCCACUCCUAUUUCUUCACCAGAUGAUUUCAGUAAUGACCAUAAUAGUAUUAGAAAUUUCCAGACACCAAAAUGUACAUCAUUAGAUAAACUGAAGAUAAAUAACUGUCUGGAGAAGGUUUCAGAGAAACCAGUAUUAUAUGGACCAGAAAAUCUAUGUAAUCCGUUCAUGCAUAUAUCUGCAGACCACAUCCCACACUUCCAAUCUCUUCAUGUUAAGGAGGAACCAGUCACAUCAAAUGAAGAAAAUUUUACAGACUCAAGCGAUCAUACUCAAGAUCUGUCUAUAUGUAUUAAGGAAGAACCAUGGAAUGAAGGAGAUUAUACAGACAUGUAUACACCCACAGCUCAUGUACAACAAUAUUCAUCAGCUCAUAUAGAAUUAUUUGUCUCCUAUGAAGAAAAACCCUUUAUGAACAAUGGCACUGUUCUAGUCAAUAGUCCUACUGAAUACGUGGCCUCUUCUGCUUCCACAGACAUAAAUAAUGAACAGCAAUGUAAGAUAGCUGAAAAGCCAUAUUCCUGUGUUGAGUGUGGGAAAUGUUUUAAACUAAAGUCUUACCUUAUUGCACACCAGAGGCGACACACAGGAGAGAAGCCAUAUUCAUGCCUUGAAUGUGGUAAAUGUUUUAGCAGGAUGUCAAAUCUCGCAAACCACAAGAAAGUUCACACAGGAGAAAAGCCGUUUGCUUGUUCAGAAUGUGGGAAAAGUUUUGCUAGGAACUCAAAUCUUGUUGUCCAUCAAAGGGUCCAUACAGGAGAAAAACCAUAUCCUUGUAUUGAAUGUGGGAAAUGUUUCUUUAGUAAUUCAUAUCUUGUUGUUCAUCAGAGAAUCCACACUGGAGAGAGGCCAUAUUCUUGUUCUGAAUGCUUGAAAUGUUUUAUCAGUAGCUCGGAACUGUUGAAGCAUAGGAAAAAUCACAUGAGAAAUGAGAUUCUAAAAGAUUCAGAAUAUUUGCUCUGAUUUGUAGAACAGCCAUUUGAAAAUGUAAGGACCCCCACAUAAAGUUUUUUUUUAAAUAUGUAUAUACAUAACCAUAUACAAUAUGUAUAUACAUAGCCAAAAAACCUUAACAAAUUGACUUUUCAAUAAUGUAAUACAGAAUUAUGUGGAACAGAAUAUUUGGCUCUAAUAUUUGGUAUUGCCUUCCCUGGCAAAAAUACCCCCACCAUGUGUUUCUUAUACCUGUCUACCAGUCUCUAACAUGAGCUGGUAGAAUUUUUUUCCUGCUCUUCGAUGGAGAAUUUUUGCAACUAAUCAGUGUUUGGUUUCUUGCAUGCAUAACCCAUUUAAAAUCCCCUACAGCAUAUUUACCACUUUUAAUUGUGCAUCAGUUUUGUGACAGUCUCAUAUUAUCCUAAAGCACACCCUCUGAGAAAAUGGUGGAUUCUAUGAUGGUAAGUUGUCCAGACCUAAUGUAGUAAAGCAGCUGCCAACCAUAAGAUUUCUACCACUAUGUGUUAUGGUUGGUAUCAAGUCAUUUUGGUUAAACCAUGUUAUUUUUGGUUUUGGUUUUUGAUGUUUCCUGGUACUGUGGCAAAAUACAUUAUUUUGCCCCAAAUAAAUUUUUGGGCUUAUUUGUUCAACGCAUGUUGUUCUACAACUUUGAAAAUGUUGGUGUUCUUUCUGGACAACCCAGGUUUACCCCUGGUACACGGGUGGCUAGAGCUACAAUGCAUUUCUUCUUUCAUCAUCUAGCAUUCUGCUCUUGACAGUUUUAAAAAAAUCUCUAUUAGUGGAUAAAAUACUGGACAGUAGAAUUAUUGGUGUCCAGUUGUUGUGGAUCUUUUGAAAUUCCUUUAUAGCCUUCUAAGGCCUCCAGAAAGGUUAUGUAUGCUUAUAAGUCUCUUUGGCUUGUGAUAAUACCCAUUUAAACAACAAAUAACAAAAGCUACUAGUAGCAGAACAGGUGGAGCAUAUAAAAUCCAGUAGUAUUAUGUGCUGUGUGGCCAUAAACCAUUAAGGAACGGUUCCUGGUCACAACGUGCUGCAAGUAUGGACGCCCCUAAGCAGGGUUCACAUGUUUUGCAUGCACUACGUCUGAGAUUUGCUGGAGAUGUGGUUGAAGGUUGUGCCAACAUAGAGAUUGGAGCAGUUUACAAAUGACAAAUGCAUCUGAAAGCACUUUUAUUUUUUAAUGACCCUGUACAUGUGAUUUGAGCCUUAAAGGGGUUCAUAAUAAUGAAAAUACUGAAAAAAACAUGUUAUUCUAAAUAAAGUCUUUAAAUGCUUUUAAUUAUUUAUAAUGGCUCCUGCAGUGUCACGAGAAGGACGGAUUUUAUGAUCAUAAAUGUAAGGGACAUUUUAAUGAAUUAAAGGCAUUUAAGAGUUUCUUUAUAAUAACAUGGUUCUUUUGAGAAUUUUCAUUUUUAUCUUUCCCAGAGAACC